AUGCCAAAAAAAGGGAGAAAUAAAGCGUCAUCAGAGGAAGAUGAAGAGGAGUCACUUGAAAAUAAAUUAGAGAAAAUUAAAAAUACCUUUACUACUCACAAUAAAAAUAAGAAAAAUGAUUAUCAAGUUGAAAAUGACGAUGAUGAUGAUGACGAUGAUGAUGAUGAUGAUGGUUAUGAAAGUUUUUCUGACGAAAUAGAGAAUUCACAAGGUGAUUAUGGUGAAAGUGUUUACAAUAUUGAGGAAGAUGAAGAAGAUGAUGAUGAAUCUGAAGAAACUGAUGAUAGUGAUGAUGAACUUUAUCAAAUAUCAAGUGAAGAAGAAAAAGAUACAGGAUUUCCAUCAAGUCAAUAUCUAUUAGAUGAAGAAGAGGAUUCUUUAGAACCAGAUGAUACUUUAAUUUUAUUAGAAAUCGUUGGUGAAGAUCCUGGUUACUUAUUAAAUAAAGAUUAUAGUUUAAUUGGUUUAGAAACACCAAAUCCAAUAUUAAAGAUAGGUGAUACAUUUUAUAAAGGAAAUUUUGAAGAAACAUUUGGAACUCAAUUAUUUUUUAGAACUGUCACAAAAGCAAAUAAUAAUAAUAAUAAUACAUCACAAGCAAGUCAAGUAAAUAAUGAAAAUAAUAAAAAUAAAAAUGAUAGUAAUAUCGAUGAUAAACCAAAAGAUGAUCAAGAUAGUAUGGAAAUUGAAAAUUCUCAAUCUGUUGAUAAAAAUAAUCAAACUUUAGAUAAAGAAAAAGAAAAAGAAAAAGAAAAAGAAAAAGAAAAAGAAAAAGAAAAAGAAGAAAAAGAAAAAGAAAAUAAGGACAAAGAAAAAGAAAAAGAAAAAGAAAAAGAAAAAGAAAAAUCGGUAAAAGAAAAUCAAGAUCAAACAAAUAAUAAUAAUAAAAAUAAUGGAAAAGAAAAAUCAAUAGGGUCAUUGUCAUAUUUAAGUAAAACUUCCAAAAAGAUUGUUUUCCAUAAAAUUGAAGUUGAAAAGAAAAAAGUUUUAUCAAAACCAGUUCAUUAA